AACGAAGCAAAAGUACAAUUUUAACUACUUAUAAUGAACUAAUAUUACAUGUAAAAACAUAUGAACAGUCAAAUAAAACAUCUAAAUUACUCUUAUUGAAACCACCUUUAUUUAAAUUACUUUUACGUGAAAUACCUUUACUUGAAUUAUUUUUGCUUGAGCUACAAAUUAGAGUAUCAAAAGAAAUUACUAUCUUUGAACAAUCCGAACAAUUUAAACAAUCUGGACAAUCCAAAAAAUCUAAACAAUCUAAACAAUUUGAACACUCUUCCUCUUUAGUUAAAAUCCCAAGAAUUGAUAUGAAGUUUAAUUCAUAA